GACUCUACGUGUCGUACAGCAUAAAGUGACAGCUGAUGAGGUUCAGUUGAUGAAAAUCUUAUAGUAGCAAAUUAAUCGUGUAACUCAAAAAAAUCGUCAAAAAUCGCGAGUUUUUCCCAGUCAAAAGCUCUCAGACUUUAAAAAAUCGUGAAUGCAGUGAAAAACCCGAAAAUUGGUCAAUCGCAGGAAUUCAGCGUAGUUUUGAAAUAAGUGGGCGAGAAAUCACAGCAAAGCAGAACGAGAGUGAGAGGCAAAAACGAAAGAACUCGUAGUUCUGGCAGCUUUUAGUUGCGACAAUUCCAAGACAAAAUCAUCAGAGACUCUUUUUUUUGCGUGAGUUUUCGAUAAAAAAUCUACAAAACAGCUCAUCAUGUCGUCUCCCAGUGCUGGAAAAAGACGUAUGGAUACUGACGUCAUCAAACUUAUCGAGAGUAAACACGAAGUCACCAUUCUCGGCGGGCUCAACGAGUUCUGCGUAAAGUUCUUUGGACCUCGAGGCACUCCCUAUGAAGGAGGCGUUUGGAAGGUUCGAGUUCACUUGCCGGAACAUUAUCCGUUCAAGUCGCCCAGCAUCGGAUUCAUGAAUAAGGUUUACCAUCCAAACAUUGACGAAGUCUCUGGUACCGUCUGUCUUGACGUCAUUAAUCAAGCAUGGACUGCACUUUAUGAUUUGUCCAACAUUUUUGAAUCAUUUUUGCCACAACUCUUAACAUACCCCAAUCCCGUUGAUCCAUUGAAUGGAGAUGCAGCUGCCAUGUAUUUGCAUAAGCCAGAGGAGUACAAGAAGAAAGUUUCAGACUACGUGAAAAAAUUUGCCACUGAAGAAGCAUUACGUGAUCAAGAACAGGCCGAAAGUUCUGACAGUGAAUCUAGUAUGUCCGAUUUUAGUGAAGACGAAGCCCAAGAUAUGGAAUUAUAACAGCGGCUUACCGAACACAAAAAUAAUUUAAAUUUUACUCUAAUUUUAACUUACUAAGGCAUAUUUAGAGAAGUGAAGAAUAUUAAAAAAAAAACAUUUGCUAAGAAAAUCUCAAAUAAAAAAAAUGGAAAAAUUAAAAAAAAAACAAAAAAAAUAAUAUUUGCUAAUAUUAUGUAAUAAAAAUAAAUAAUGAAUACAAUAAUAUACAUGAAAUAUAAAACAUAUAUACAUUAGAGAAAUGAAAAAAAAAAUCAAUUAAUUUUAAUAUUAAUAAAAGAAUACAUUAAAAACAUCAUUAAAAUAGAGUUAUCAUUAAAUAGUUGAUAAAAAAAAGCAUUAAAAAUAUUACAGACAGACACAAACAAACAAUUUUCCUUGCAACGCGCAUCUCUCUCCUUCAAUAGAUAUUCGAUGUAAUAAUAUACAUGUCCCUCCCAUCAUUCUUACAGAUAAUUAUCGUUAAUAAAUGUGACGUGAGAAUGGCUUUCGACGAUGUUUCCGACAUUUUUUUUAGCAUUUCUCACUUUCACAUAGGAAAAUUCGUCGACUUAUUGUUAACUUCAUAUUUUAUUUGUUUCGAAUUUCUCUGAACAUUUGAAUUUU